GAAGUAGUAGAUCGUGUAAUCUUUCAUACGUUCUGAUUACGCUUAGAAGGGUGUGACAAAGUGUUGAUUGUUAUAUUUAUUAUUUUCUACAAGAUGGGUGAACCUACAGGAUUAACAAAUAGUGAAACACGUGAACUGUGUAAAGAACCUGAUCCUGCAACGAAUGGUUACUUUGUGCAACAAACAAUGUAUCGUAUUAAAGAUCCAAGAAUAUCAUUACCAUUUUAUACCGAAGUACUCGGUAUGCAUUUAUUACAGAAAAUUGAUUUUCCUGAGACCAAACUCUCUUGGUAUCUUUUGGGAUAUGAGAAUCCUAAGGAAAUACCUACUGAUAAAAGAGAAAGUAUUGAAUGGACAUUUAGCCGUAGAGCUACUAUAGGACUUGCUCAUAACUGGGGAACAGAAACUGAUCCUGAUACCAAAUUUCAUAAUGGAAAUUCAAAUCCUCAAGGAUUUGGUCAUAUUGGAAUUGCAGUACCUGAUAUUGAAAAAGCAUGUGAAAGAUUUGAAAGAUUAAAUGUUACAUUUGUAAAGAAACUAAACAAUACUAGGUUAAAAGGAUAUGCUAUGAUCAAAGAUCCAGAUGAUUAUUGGAUUGAAAUUAUAAGUUCAACGAGUAUUGCAAAUAUAGUAUUAAAUCAUUAAUGUUUAUUA